AUGUCCAAAGAGAAUCAGCCCUCGACCGGCGUACGUGGCGGUGCCAGCGACAUCCCGACCCCUGCCAACAGCGCGGAAGGCAGCUUUUUCCAGCGCCUGGCGGGAGGCGGCAAUUCUGGCGUGCGCAACCAGGGAGCCGGCCACAUUGGAGCCCCCAAGCAAACCGAAGGCGAAUUCCUCAGCCUCGAUCAGCAAAAAGGCAUAGCGGGCCACCACUACAGCCAGCGCGCCGGGCUAGAGGAACCCAACGCCGCCGAAGAUCGAAGCUUCAUGUACAAGAAACCCGGCGAACAGGAUACGUUGCCCGGUUGGGAGAAGGCGAAGGACGUGGCGGGCCAUCUGUAA